CGAACAAAUUAUGAAAAUGUUACAAAAAUCAACCACCAAGUUAAUUUUAGAAGCUCUGUGAGGAAAUAAAACACCUUCUUCAACCUCAUUCUUCCCUUUGCUGAAAAACAUUUCAAUGUUAAAUCCACCAAUGUCGUCGUUUCCUAAAAUUCUAACAUCCACCUUCAUAUCUUAUCUCCUCCUCCUCCUCGCCGUCGCCAUCAAGGCACACGACAACUUCCUUCACCCGAUGGAGCCGCUGACGCAGCUCAUCGGCAGCAUCCCUCCCCCGACGGCGGUGCCGCAGACGCAGGUCGUUAGCAACAUCCCUCCCCCACCGGCGGAGCCGCAGACGCAGGUCGUUAGCAACAUCCCUCCCCCACCGGCGGAGCCGCAGACGCAGUUCGUAGGCAACGUCCUUCCCCCUCCGGCGCAGACGCAGACGCAGCUGUUCAUCCCACACUCACACGCCACAGAAAUAGAGGAGUUUCUGGCGGCGCACAACAAAAUCAGACAAAGCAUGGGCGAGCCAUGUUUAACAUGGGACGAGACGCUAGCUAAGUUCGCACAUCACUGGGCCGAAACUCUCGCCGCCGAGUGCACAAUGGUUCAUUCCACCGUAUCCUACGGGGAGAACUUGUUCUGGGGAGCGCAAGACCAUUGGACGCCGGCGGAGGCGGUGCAGUCGUGGAUCAAGGAGUCGGACUUUUUCGAUAAUACAACAAAUCAUUGCAAAGAAGGGCAAAUGUGCGAGCAUUAUACGCAAGUCAUAUGGAAGAAAACUGGCAAGGUGGGCUGUGCUCGUAAGAAGUGCCACCGUGGCGGUCUGAUUGUCGUCUGCAACUAUGAUCCGCCGGGGAAUUAUGAAAAUGUUAAUCCACUUGAUGAUAAGUUUAUGUAAUGGAUGAUACGUGUCAUAGAAAAAAUUGAUCAGACGGUGUAGAGGAGAGUUCAAUUACGGGUUGGGUUUGUGAAAAUUAUACGAAAAAUUGUUUCAUUUAUGAUAUGGUAUUUAUUCUUUCGUAUUG